UCUUCACACUCCUCUAAUCAAGCACCUAACAACCUCCCUCCCACAAAAAGAAGCAGACAAAAUGACUCCAACAAUACAGUUACUCAAAUAGACUACUCCUUGACUAUUCCUUCUCCAACUGCUCUUACAACACAAUCACAACAAAAUUGUCCCUCUCUACCAUCCACACUUGAUGAAAUCAGAGCUAUAAUUAAUUAUAUAUCUACACCUGAACCAAUCGUCUUGCUAGCUACUUCUCAACAAGAAGUUGAAACUGCUAUUGCAUUUUUACAUACUCACUUUACCUUCAGAGGGGUUUAUCUCCAUAUUAUCAAUAUCUCUGAACUCCCU